AUGGGUCAGUGGUGGGAUGCUUCCAAAAUUGACGCUACUGUCACGAGACAAUUCGUCUGCCAGUACCUUCUACCAGAGGAGAUCGAGCGCUUAGGCCAACCGCUAGCUUUUGGUGACGGCUUGACGGAUGAGACGUACUGGGACUGGAUCAACAACAAGGCCAAGCGCAUCUUCUUGAUCCUCGUCGACCUCAAGAUCCCAGACCAGAUAUUCGGCAUCGUUGACGACUCAUGGGACGAUCACGACCUACCCAUUUCCUCCGAACAUGUCGAGCGGCUCAGGUUGACGGCCCAAAAGGAUGACAAGCUUGAGCGCAAGUUUUUUACUCGCCAGUUCACCUACUUGCUGAAGCCUUUUCAACGAGGCGACCACGUCGUUUUCAAUGAAAACGAAAUCAUUCCCCUCGAGGUCGUCGAGCGUCGACAGGCGGGGAAUACUUCGGUUGACAAGGUCGUCCUCCCCAACUGUCCUGGUACAGUCUUUUACCGACGCCGCAUCCCGCUCGGUAACGGCUUUGGCCAGCUCUCCAAAGGCGAGUUCGUUGAGAUCAUCAACAGCAUCAGGGGGAUACAGAAUGACCACUUGGUCUCGUACUACGCGUCAUACACGCAGAUCGGAGCAGCAUAUGUCCUCUUCACCCCUGCUACCGACUCUAACUUGAAGUCUUUCUUUGGCAACACGCCCUCCAACUUCAAGAAUAUUCCCAAGAAGGAACGAAGACGGACGGUUAUGAACUGGAUCCUCUGUCUUGCUGACACCCUAGCCUACCUUCACAGCAGAAGACUUUGCCAUGGGAACAUUAAGCCUUCCUCUAUACUCUUCACCAGCCAGCUCCACAUUUUCUACUCGGAUUUCACGAGACUAAACACCGAGGUUUUGGCCGGUUACGCGGACAAGAAUUCGUUCGAUCGGGAGUCAUACGACUAUGCGGCCCCUGAGCAGUGGUUUCGUCCGACAGGGGGUCCGACGAGUCCUUUGGGUCGUAUGGCAACGAUGGCGAUAUCGACGUCCCCAGAGACGCACACCAACUUCUCCAUUCCUAGGAGUGACAAUCCGGGCAGUCCUAACGCAAUGUUGAACACGCCUAACCCGCAUCUGAAUCCGCAAGCGGCUGACAUUUUCUCUCUUGGCUGUGUCAUCUUGGACUUGAUGAGCUUCCUCGUCAAAAAGACGACGAAGAGUUUUGCCGCGCACCGUGCUGCCAAACACAAGACUCCCGGCCGUGGGGGUGCCGUGCUGGAUUCGUCGUUUCACAAGAACCUCGGGCAGGUCGAGUCCUGGAUGUCGACACUGGCAAAGGAGGCGUCAAAGAAGGUCUCUGAAUCGGACGGAGGUCUCGUAUUCCGAGGUAUCGUGCCUCUGAUGCACAUUGUUGCCCGUAUGCUAUCGGCGAAUCCCAUGGACAGACCCUCAGCAGCCGAGGUGCAAACCCAAGUCUACCAAUUGUUGACCAAAUAUUGCGACAUAAAGGAGCCUCACUGUGUUCAUCAGUAUGGCGGCUGGGACUUUGGCAUGUCGCACUUGCGUAUACAGUCGAAUAGCCCCAACGCCGACCUUAUGCCGCAGCCAAUCCGACAGAACUCGAUACCGCAACUGCCGCGACGAGGCAGCGAGAGUAUUGGAAGCAUUAGUCCACGAGGGUUCUCCCAUUCGAGAACGAGUAGCAGUGGCGGUAUGUCGAAUAACAGCGGGAUGAGCAGUGCGGCCAGCAGCGACCAGGAUCGGGAUCUCGGCCCCGGUUUCACUGCCAUCCGGAACAUACGGGUGCCGCCGGUACGAUCACCCGGGCCAUGGGACUCGAGCCCCGGUGUUCAAGGCGGACGCGGCGAUCGAGCUCCGGUGUAUUGA